AUGUACUCCACAUCUCUUUUUCAAUUUACGACUGCAAUUCCAUUGCUGUUGACAUUUUAUACUUAUUUCUUCAACAAAAGGGCUCUUGCAGAGAGCAUUUCAAGGUGUCUGACAAAUUAUUACAAAGAAAAUGGCGAUUGCAAAGAGUGUCCUCUUGGUUAUUUUGGCGACAACUGCACAAAUAUAUGUCCUUCGUCAUACUAUGGCCGUCUGUGUUUCCACAAAUGCAAAUGUUUACCUUGCCAUCAUAUCUACGAAUGUGUUUCUACUACCCUUAAACGUAUAGCAGAGACAACAAGCUAUUCUUAUGACACCAAGGAUGAAACAACGGACACAAAUCAAAUACAUGUACCAGAAACUACUAGCUAUGAAUAUAAAAACGAAGAUAAAACGAAGUGCUCAAAGCAAACACCAGAAAACGUGAUAAUAUCCGAUACGGUCUUAAUUAUCUCCGUUGGAUCUUUAUUAUGCUUUAUGUUAAUACUAGUAAUUAUUCGAGAAGUUUGUCUAUGCUGCCGUUUCCCUCAACCAGUUGGCAGAAAAACAAUUCGUGAAGCCGUUUAA